GAUGUGUGUGCAGAGACAAAGGUUUUUGUGGUAGUCAGUGAAGUAGAUGUGUUAGUUUUGGUGAAUGAAAGUGGUUUUAUUGUGAUUAUAAGUGUGUGCAUGGAACAUAUACGUAUGGAAUUAUGUUCAGCGAGUGUGGAUACGUAAUAUUCAUCUUACUGCUGGCUCCGUACAUCGAAAGUGCGGAGCGCCUGAACGAGUACAUCUCGCGCUACGAGCCGCUGAGCUACGACCGCGCCGAGGUGCACCGGGCACACUCGCGCGCGCGCCGCUCGGCGCCGCGGCCCGGCGUCCACCCGCUGAGCAUCGAGUUCGAGGCCCGCGGCCGCCGCUUCCCGCUGCGCCUGCGCCGCGACACCGCCGCCUUCAGCGACCGCCUGCAGGUGCUGGGCUCGGCGGGGCAGCCGCUGCACGUCGACACCGCCCACCUCUACCACGGACACCUCGCCGGUGAACCCAAGAGCCACGUAUUUGGCUCUGUCAUCGAUGGAGUGUUUGAAGGCAAGAUAUACUCGCCUUCAGACGGUGCCUUCUACGUCGAGAAGGCACACCACUUCUUCCCGUCGGGACACAACGACUCCAUCCACUCUGUGAUAUACCACGAGGCUGAUGUCGAAGACCCUUACGAAAGCCAGCGCACAGGUCACGUCGGAGGCUGCGGCAUCACGGACGAUGUGGUCCAGUGGAUGGACCGUGUCCAGAACUCGGCGGACGAAGAGGAGCCCGAGCCGCCACCCCCUCCGCCCUCACCACCGAGGGGGCAGACGCGGAGCAGUUGGGAAGAGCAGGGAGCGGAUGCCUACCAGAAGUACAGCCGCGAGGCCAACGAGGGCAGCGGAGGCGGUAGCAGAACCAAGAGGGCGACCCGGCCAAAGGAGGACAACCGCAACACGUGCUCGCUCUUCAUACAGACUGACCCCCUCAUCUGGAGGCACAUCUCAGAGACGGUAAACGGUGAUGCGGAAAAGACGAGGGAGGAGAUUUUGUCCCUCAUUGCACACCACGUUACGGCUGUCAACUAUAUUUACAGGGAUACUAAGUUUGACGGCAAUGUUGAGCACCGAAACAUCAAGUUUGAAGUUCAGAGGAUAAAGAUAGACGAUGAUGCCCCGUGUCAGCCCGGAUGGAGAGGUGACCCGAACCAGUUCUGUAUGGAAAACAUUGACGUCAGCAACUUCCUGAAUCUGCACUCUCUGGGCAACCACGAGGACUUCUGUCUGGCAUACGUGUUCACGUAUCGCGACUUCACCGGGGGUACGCUGGGGCUUGCUUGGGUUGCCUCUGCAUCUGGUGCAUCUGGUGGGAUAUGUGAGAAGUUCAAAACGUACACAGAGACAAUUGGUGGGCUGUACCACUCGACGAAGCGUAGCCUCAACACUGGCAUCAUCACGUUCGUCAACUACAACAGCCGUGUCCCGCCAAAGGUUUCACAGCUCACACUCGCUCACGAAAUUGGCCACAACUUUGGUUCGCCGCAUGAUUACCCAGCAGAAUGCCGUCCCGGUGGGCUCAAUGGCAACUUCAUCAUGUUUGCGUCGGCCACGUCGGGUGACCGGCCCAACAACAGCAAGUUCUCGAGCUGCAGCAUCGGCAACAUCAGCAAGGUCCUGGAUGCUAUUGAGGACAACAAGAAGAGGAAUUGCUUCACAGCUUCGGAGGGUGCUUUCUGUGGGAACAAGAUUGUGGAGAUCGGGGAGGAGUGCGACUGUGGCUACGAUGACGACGAGUGCACAGACAAGUGCUGCUACCCGCGACAGGUGUCGGAGGUGGACCGCAUCAAGAAUGAGUCGGCCAAGGGCUGCUACCGCCGCGCUGGGACGCAAUGCAGUCCCAGCCAAGGGCCGUGUUGCUCCAGCGAGACGUGCCAGUUCGUGCUCAGCCGGCAGAACGUGCUCUGCCGCUCAGAGUCCGACUGCAGUUGGAGCUCCAAGUGCAGUGGCAGCUCGCCCGAGUGCCCGGCGCCGAUGCCCAAGGCCAACAAGACACGCUGCAAUGAGGGCACACAGUUGUGCAUCAACGGGGAGUGCACCGGUUCGAUCUGCCUCGAGUGGAACAUGACGGAGUGCUUCCUGAGCUCGGGCACGGACAAGCGGCGGCUGUGCGAGCUGGCCUGCCAGAAUGGCACGGACGCCGCCACCUGCCGCAGCACCAGCGAGUUCGCCGCUGCUGUCGGCCUGCCUCCCGGCGGCAUAAGCCUGCGGCCGGGCUCUCCCUGUGAUAACUUCCAGGGCUACUGUGAUGUGUUCUACAAGUGCAGAGCUGUGGAUGCUGAGGGGCCGCUGGCUCGGCUCAAGAAUCUCCUCUUCAAUAAGGAGACGUUGCUCACUGUUGCUCAGUGGAUCACGGAAUACUGGUGGGCAGUUCUGUUGAUGGGCGUAGCAUUCAUCAUCUUCAUGGGACUGUUCAUAAAGUGCUGUGCUGUCCACACACCCUCAUCGAAUCCAAAGAAACCACCUGCCCGACGCUUUAGCGAAACACUGCGUCACCCCAUGAGCACACUUAGAAGAAUGAGGGGACCCCCAGCGGGCCUGCCGGUCGGCUCGCACCACCCGGCGCAACUGCGGUCGGGUCCCUCGGGCCACUCCCGAGCCCCUGCCCACGGCUACGGGGAGGGGAGAGGUCAGUACUAUGCUCCCAAAGCCUCCGCCCCACCGGCCAACUACAGCCGCGGAGCCGACAUGUACGCGGGUGCGUACGGUGGCCGCAGCAACGCGUUCGAGAUGCGCCACCACAAGGUCUGACAGACGGCGGCUGCCGGCGGAGAGUGGUGCACACCGGGCCUCUCUUUUGCUGCCCCCCCGGUUUCCGGAGGCUUCCGGAGCCGGCCGCCGCCACCCCCGACAUAGUCGCGGGGCGGAGACUACGACGACCACUGCCGCACGAGAGGUGGAACGGCUGUUCUCGGGAGCAAGUGGAGAACUAGUGAUUUUUAAAAGGAACAUUCGGACCAGAUGGGGGGGAGAGAAGGCGGGGUGGCAUUAUCUGUAAGACUCAGAUUAUCAUUACAAUUGUGCUCACUGCGAACUUGUGGAGAGAAACUUUUUUCUGACUGAAUGACAAAUUCCCACCUUCCACGUGACGUCACGUCAUUCACCGUCGCUUUUUGGGGUGUGCGACGCUUCGCCAGUCGGUCGAGCGAUAGGCCCGUAUGUCUUACUGUCGUACACCGGAUUGCACGAGUACAGCUUGCAUCUCAGAAGGGGUGCAGGCUCUGUGCUAAAUCAUUUCAGAAGUUUGGUUUUCCACACUGCCCGGAGAGCAAAAGAAGCUGUGGCUGUAUGUUGCUGGUGUGGUUGUAAGGUAUCGGUUCGGUUUGACGAUGUGGUACGCAGUUUGUUUUUUUCCACUCUUCUCCUAUAAGGGAUAACGCAAAGUUAUGGAUGACACCUAUUUGUGUGACAUUAAUCUGUAAUGGAAGCAUAUCAUUAGAGGUAUCUGUCAGUAUAACAGCACCAAAGACUUGGAUUGUAGGGUUUUAGGGUUAUAUGACAGAAGCUCACUAAAUGCAUUUGAACUGGUACCCAUGCAGAGCCUGUAAAUGUGCAGAGUCCCACAGGCAGUUGUCAAGCUGUAUAGCCAUGCAAAUAUAUUGGCGUCGGAUACUUCUGUUCCAUAAUAGAUGUGUUCUGAUGUGCAACCAGGUAACGGGCUAGAUGCUUGCCAACAAUGCUUUUUUGUGUUUUAUCUUUCACUACAUUUCAGCUACCGCCUAGAAAUAAACAAAAAUAAUUCGUUUUAAUUGUGUCAAAAGAAAUACAUGCUGCAAAUAUUGUGAUGCAGGUUGAGACAACAAUUUCUGUGCACCUCUUUUUUUUUUUU